AUGAAGCUUUCGCCUGCCUAUGGUGUUGCCUUGUUGGCAGCACAGGCAGCUGGAGCAGCUAUCAAACAUCGGCUCAAUGGCUUAACUCUAACAGAGCACUCGGAUCCCGUCAAACGGGAUUUGUUGCAGGAAUACAUCACCUGGGAUGACAAGUCUCUUUUCAUCAAAGGAGAGAGAAUUAUGAUAUUCAGCGGCGAAUUCCAUCCAUACCGACUGCCGGUGAGAGAAUUGCAGCUCGAUAUUUUCCAGAAAGUCAAAGCUCUGGGAUUUAAUUGCGUCUCGUUCUACGUCGACUGGGCCCUAGUCGAAGGAAAACCGGGAGAGUAUAGAGCCGAUGGUAUCUUUGACCUGGAGCCGUUCUUUGAUGCGGCUUCAGAAGCAGGCAUCUACCUGCUUGCCCGUCCUGGUCCAUACAUCAACGCAGAGAGCUCAGGUGGUGGAUUCCCAGGAUGGCUACAAAGGGUGAACGGCACUCUUCGCACGAGUGCUAAGUCAUACCUGGACGCUACCGAUAACUACGUUGCCAAUACGGCUGCUACUAUUGCCAAGUAUCAGAUCACCAAUGGCGGGCCAAUCAUCCUUUAUCAGCCCGAAAAUGAGUACACGUCUAGCUGCUGCGGGGUCGAAUUCCCUAACGCGGACUACAUGCAAUACGUCGAAGACCAGGCUCGCAACGCUGGUGUUGUGAUCCCGCUUAUUAACAACGAUGCUUCUCCUGACGGAAAUAAUGCUCCUGGGACCGGGAAAGGCGCGGUCAAUAUCUACGGUCACGACAGCUACCCACUUGGAUUCGACUGCGCCAAUCCAACUGUGUGGCCCUCAGGUGACCUACCUACGGAUUUCCGUACGCUACAUCUCGAGCAGAGCCCAACGACACCGUACUCGAUAGUUGAGUUCCAAGGCGGCUCAUACGACCCGUGGGGAGGCCCUGGUUUUGCUGCGUGCGCCGAUCUCCUCAACGAAGAGUUUGAAAGAGUGUUUUACAAGAAUGACUUCAGCUUUCAGGUUGCCAUAAUGAACCUGUAUAUGAUCUUUGGUGGAACCAACUGGGGCAACGUUGGUUAUCCCGAAGGAUACACCUCCUACGAUUAUGGCUCAGCUAUAACCGAAAGUCGCAACAUCACCCGGACUAAAUACAGUGAACUUAAACUUAUUGGGAAUUUCAUGAAGGUUUCCCCAUCUUAUCUCACCGCUAGCCCUGGCAGCCUGACAACAUCCGGAUAUGCUGAUACUGCUGAUUUAACCGUCACACCCCUUCUCGGGAAUGGCACUGGGUCAUAUUUCGUCAUCAGGCACUCAGAUUACAGUAGCGAAGAUUCUACCUCCUACACAAUCACUCUGCCGACCAGUGCUGGUACCCUGACUAUUCCUCAGCUAGGAGGUACCCUGACUUUGAACGGACGCGACUCGAAGAUCCACGUGGCUGACUACAAUGUCUCCGGAACAAAGAUUAUCUACUCCACUGCCGAAGUUUUUACCUGGAAGAAAUUCACUGACAGCAAGGUCCUCGUUCUCUAUGGCGGAUCUGGCGAGCACCACGAGCUAUCUAUCGCAAGCAGGUCAAAUGUAACUGUUGUCGAAGGAUCCGAAUCGGGAAUCACCUCGAAGCAGACCGGGAGUUCGGUUGUGGUUGGCUGGGAUGUAUCUGCCACUCGUCGUAUCAUACAGGUUGGCGACCUCAAAGUGCUCCUUCUUGACAGGGAAUCUGCUUACAACUACUGGGUGCCCCAACUUGCUACGGAUGGCACCUCACCUGGUUUCAGCUCGCAAGAAACAGUUGCUUCAUCUAUCAUUGUCAAUGCAGGCUAUCUUGUCAGAACUGCCUAUUUGAAGGAUGAUGGUCUAUACCUUACCGCAGAUUUCAACGCUACAACUACGGUUGAGAUAUUUGGCGCUCCGUCCACUGCUCAGAGUCUAUACAUCAACGGCGAUAAGACGACAUAUACUAUUGAUAAGAACGGCAUUUGGACCGCUGAGGUAAAAUACAGCGCCCCUGACAUCUCAAUUCCCAGCCUGGAGAGCCUGGAAUGGAAAUACCUGGACACUCUCCCUGAGAUUCAGUCCUCGUACGAUGAUUCUCUCUGGCCGGCUGCCGAUCUCGCCCAUACCUGGAAUACCUUCCGGGCCCUUGACACGCCUACUUCUCUGUACUCGUCUGAUUACGGAUUCCACACUGGCUAUCUGCUCUACCGUGGACAUUUUGUCGCCACUGGCAACGAGAGCACUUUCUUUGUGGACCCGCAAGGUGGUUCAGCUUUCGGAUUUUCUGCCUGGCUGAACGGAACCUAUCUGGGAUCUUGGACUGGCCUUGCUGAAAACUCAGAUUACAAUGCGACUUUCACGCUGCCUUCGAUUCAGGCAGGCAAGUCAUAUGUGAUCACGAUAGUUAUCGACAACUUGGGUCUCGAGGAGAACUGGACUGUUGGUGAAGAACUGAUGAAGACCCCCCGCGGUAUCUUGAACUACCAGCUUUCUGGCCGUUCGGAUAGUGCGAUCAGCUGGAAGUUGACGGGAAACCUUGGAGGUGAAGACUACGAGGAUAAGGUCCGAGGUCCUCUCAACGAGGGUGGUCUCUACGCUGAACGCCAGGGCUUCCAUCAACCCGAGCCUCCCAGCCAAGACUGGAAGUCUUCUAGCCCUCUUGACGGUCUCUCCGAGCCAGGAAUCGGCUUCUACAGCGCCCAGCUAGACCUUGAAUUACCGACCGGCUGGGAUGUGCCGCUGUAUUUCAACAUCGGAAACAGCACCACCCCAUCGCCCUAUCGCGUGCAGCUGUACGUGAACGGAUACCAAUAUGGCAAAUACAUCAGCAACGUCGGACCGCAGGUCAGCUUCCCUGUUCCGGAGGGCAUCCUCAACUACCGUGGAACAAAUUGGCUUGCUGUCAGUCUUUGGGCUCUGGACGAGGGCGGUGCCAAGUUGGAGAGCUUCGAAUUGACCCACACCACGCCAGUGCUGACGGCCCUGGGAACUGUGGCAUCGGUUGACCAGCCGAAAUGGACGGCAAGAGAGGGCGCAUACUAG